GCCCUAGCCACUGGAGUCGAUUCCGUGGGGAAUUGGGGCUCGGCCGCCGCCACCGAGGUCAGCCUUUCGGCGCGGGACUCUAGGCACGACGGGGACCAUGUAAGCAGCUGUCUUCCAGAAGGCCACUCGGGCAUGGACACCUCCUUCCACACCUGCAGGAGCACAGGUGGUAGUGUAAUCACCCUGUCACAAAACUGCUAAGGCCGUCUCAGGGACGUGUACGCCAGGAGAGGAAGGCGGUGUCUACGGGCCACCUAGCCAUGCCUUUUGGUCUGAAGCUCCGCCGGACACGGCGCUACAACGUCUUAAGCAAGAACUGCUUUGUCACCCGGAUUCGCCUGUUGGACAGCAAUGUUAUCGAGUGUACUCUGUCGGUGGAAAGCACAGGGCAAGAGUGCCUGGAGGCUGUGGCCCAGAGGCUGGAACUGCGAGAGACACACUACUUCGGCCUUUGGUUUCUCAGCAAGAGCCAGCAAGCACGAUGGGUGGAGCUGGAGAAACCUCUGAAGAAACAUCUGGACAAAUUUGCUAAUGAGCCUCUGCUUUUCUUCGGAGUCAUGUUCUAUGUGCCAAAUGUGUCAUGGCUUCAGCAAGAGGCCACAAGAUAUCAGUAUUACCUGCAAGUCAAAAAAGACGUGCUCGAAGGGCGAUUACGGUGUACACUGGAACAGGUGAUUCGGUUGGCCGGCCUAGCUGUGCAAGCUGAUUUUGGAGACUAUAAUCAGUUUGAUUCUCAAGAUUUCCUCAGAGAGUAUGUCCUGUUUCCCAUGGAUUUGGCUCUAGAAGAGGCAGUUCUGGAGGAGCUGACGCAGAAGGUGGCCCAAGAGCACAAAGCCCACAGUGGAAUCCUGCCAGCGGAAGCCGAGCUUAUGUACAUCAAUGAAGUGGAGCGUUUGGAUGGAUUUGGACAGGAAAUCUUCCCCGUGAAGGACAGUCACGGGAAUGGUGUGCACCUUGGCAUUUUCUUUAUGGGGAUUUUCGUGAGAAACAGAAUUGGAAGACAAGCAGUAAUAUACAGGUGGAAUGAUAUUGGGAAUAUCACAAACAACAAGUCGACUAUUCUGGUAGAGCUCAUCAACAAAGAAGAGACAGCUCUCUUUCACACGGAUGAUAUUGAAAAUGCCAAGUACAUUUCCCGGUUGUUCACUACACGGCACAAGUUUUACAAACAAAACAAAAUCUGCACCGAACAAUCAAAUUCUCCACCUCCCAUCAGACGCCAGCCCACCUGGAGCCGGUCCUCUCUGCCCAGGCAGCAGCCGUACAUCCUGCCUCCCAUGCACGUCCAGUGUGGUGAGCACUACUCGGAAACACACACGUCACAAGACAGCAUUUUCCAUGGCAACGAAGAAGCCUUGUAUUGCAACUCUCACAACAGCCUGGACUUAAAUUACUUGAAUGGCACCGUCACCAAUGGCAGCGUGUGCAGCGUUCACAGUGUCAACUCCCUCAAUUGCUCGCAGAGUUUCAUCCAGGCUUCUCCUGUGUCUUCCAACCUCAGUAUCCCUGGGAGUGACAUCAUGCGGGCAGACUACAUCCCAAGCCACCGGCAUAGCGCGAUCAUUGUGCCCUCAUACAGGCCGACCCCUGAUUAUGACACAGUCAUGCGGCAGAUGAAGAGGGGGAUCGUGCACACGGACAGCCAGAGCCAGUCUCUGCGGAACCUCAACAUCAUCAAUACCCAUGCCUACAACCAGCCGGAGGACCUGGUGUACAGCCAACCAGAGAUGCGGGAGAGGCACCCCUAUACUGUCCCGUAUGGGCCACAGGGAGGCUAUGGUAACAAACUUGUCAGUCCUUCUGACCAGACAAACCCAAAGAAUAACAUGGUGCCAAGCAAGCCAGGGGCAAGUGCCAUCUCACACACUGUGAGCACCCCGGAGUUGGCCAACAUGCAGCUGCAAGGUGGCCAUAACUACAACACAGCGCAUAUGCUCAAGAACUAUCUCUUCAGGCCUCCGCCCCCCUACCCACGGCCUCGUCCAGCCACCAGCACCCCAGACCUCGCCAGCCACCGCCACAAGUAUGUCAGUGGCAGUAGCCCCGACCUGGUGACACGGAAGGUGCAGCUCUCAGUGAAAACUUUCCAAGAGGACAGCUCCCCGGUGGUGCAUCAGUCCCUCCAGGAAGUGAGCGAACCUCUCACGGCCACCAAGCACCAUGGCCCGGCGAACAAGAGGCAUAGCCUGGAGGUGAUGAGCAGCAUGGUGCGCGGCAUGGAGGCCAUGACACUCAAGUCACUCAACAUCCCUGUGGCUCGCCGGAACACUCUGCGGGAGCAGGGGCCCCCAGAGGAGGGCCCCGGGAGCCAUGAGCUCCGCCAGCUGCCUCAGUAUCACCAUAAGAAGACGCUCUCUGAUGCCACAAUGCUGAUCCACAGCAGUGAGAGCGAGGAGGAGGAGGAGGAGGAAGCUCCAGAACCAGUGUCCCAGAUCCCUGGUCUCCGUGAGAAGAUGGAGUACAGCGCCCAGCUGCAGGCAGCAUUGGCCCGGAUUCCCAACAAGCCCCCACCAGAGUACCCUGGACCAAGGAAAAGUGUGAGCAAUGGGGCACUGAGGCAGGAGCAGGUGAGCCUUCCCCCUGCUGUCGCCAGAGCCCGGGUGCUGCGGCACGGGCCAGCCAAGGCCAUCAGUGUCUCCCGGGCAGACCAGCUGGCUGUCAAUGGGCCUUCCCUAGGUCCAUCCAUCUCGGAACCGGACCUGACAAGUGUGAAGGAGCGGGUCAAAAAAGAGCCUGUGAAGGAGAGGCCUGUGUCAGAAAUGUUUUCCCUGGAGGACAGCAUUAUAGAGAGAGAGAUGAUGAUUAGGAAUCUAGAGAAGCAGAAGAUGGCAGGCCUGGAGGCACAGAAGAGGCCGCUGAUGUUGGCAGCCUUGAAUGGGCUCUCGGUGGCUCGGGUCUCGGGGCGGGAAGAGAAUCGAGUUGAUGCCACCCGGAUUCCCAUGGAUGAGAGGUUCAGAACCCUGAAGAAGAAGCUAGAAGAGGGAAUGGUGUUUACAGAAUAUGAGCAAAUUCCAAAGAAGAAAGCAAAUGGCAUUUUCAGCACAGCAGCCCUGCCAGAAAAUGCUGAGCGCAGCCGCAUCCGCGAAGUUGUCCCGUACGAGGAGAAUAGAGUAGAGCUGAUACCAACCAAAGAAAACAACACGGGAUAUAUUAAUGCCUCCCAUAUCAAGGUGGUGGUUGGUGGGGCAGAAUGGCAUUACAUAGCCACUCAGGGUCCCCUGCCACACACGUGCCAUGACUUCUGGCAGAUGGUGUGGGAGCAAGGAGUGAAUGUGAUCGCCAUGGUCACCGCAGAGGAGGAGGGUGGACGAACCAAAAGUCACCGAUACUGGCCCAAACUGGGUUCCAAGCACAGCUCAGCUACCUAUGGCAAGUUCAAGGUCACCACAAAGUUCCGAACAGAUUCUGGUUGCUAUGCAACCACAGGUUUGAAGGUCAAGCACCUUUUGUCUGGGCAGGAAAGGACGGUGUGGCAUUUACAAUAUACUGACUGGCCGGAUCAUGGCUGCCCAGAGGAUGUGCAAGGAUUUUUGUCUUACUUGGAGGAGAUCCAGUCGGUCCGUCGCCAUACUAACAGCAUGCUGGAAGGCCCCAGGAACCAGCACCCCCCCAUCGUGGUCCACUGCAGUGCCGGCGUGGGGAGGACCGGCGUGGUUAUUCUUUCUGAGCUGAUGAUCUACUGCCUGGAGCAUAAUGAAAAGGUGGAAGUGCCCAUGAUGUUGAGGCUCCUCCGGGAGCAAAGGAUGUUCAUGAUCCAGACGAUUGCUCAGUACAAGUUUGUCUACCAAGUGCUCAUCCAGUUCCUCCAAAACUCCAGACUCAUUUAACCUCCUCGAUCCAGCUCCUGGAAGAGGGACCCAGCUCUAUCGUGCAGAUAGACAACUCCAGACAACAUCUGCUCCCCCAGCAGGGGCAGAUGGCUGGCAGCAGGCGGGCUGCAGAAGCCAAGAUGAUUGACAAACAUCAUGUAUUAUUUUAUAUGAGAUAAUUUAUUUUUUUUCCUUUGAAAUAACUUUUGUGAAUUAUUAUAAUGCAGUUUUCACUAUGAUCUAGUGCUUUUCCUUUGAACCACAUUUUGACUGAUCUGCAUUGUAGUACGUGGCAGGAAGGUUGCCAGAUGGGUCGUGUUGGAGACAGAGGCAUAAGGGAACACAUCUCUCAUGAAGUCCCAGCCAGAUUUGUAACCAACCCUGAAAUUUGUCAGCUUAAUAGCUCCUGUCCAAAUCAAAGACGGCAAGAAAAGGAGUUCAUCCUGAAGUGUAAAAAGGCCAAGACCCUUUCCUUGAAGGAAAGUCACCAUUCUCGUAUACUCGAGGGCUCAUGAGGCUUACAGUCACUUCCCUUCCUUCCUCCUUUCUACCCUCAUAUUCAGUAAUCGCUCCCACCUCCACCCGACCCCCCCCCCCCCAAGCUUGAGUUAAAUACAGGAACAGCUAGAGAAAACGCUGCCUUUAUGUGCAGUAACUGCCGUCUUUCGGGCCGUAUGAGAAGCUCUGUGCACUUUCUCAACACCCCUCCUUAUUCUGGGCUCCAGGGGACUAUUUACCUCAUCUCUUUUGCUCAAUUAACUCCAGCCUAAGGGCCAUGAGGCCUUGGGCCAGGCUGCUGGGAAGCUAGGAUACUUGCCCGAUUGAGAGGAUAAUGGAACAGAGUGGGAAGAGAGAAGAGUUGGGGAGGGCCUUGAAAUGGUUUAUUUAAUUAUGAUGUAUAUGCUUAAUGAGAACCUGAAGGUUGAGAUGCUGGAUGUGUUCCCCUUUUCCAUCAAUUACUAAGUUAUUGGAAAGGGUAUAAAGGACACACUUGGGGAACCUGAUUUGGGGGACCUGUUUGGAACUUAGGUAGCAGGGGCCCUGGCCAGGAAAUCCCACAAAGCGUGACUAUCAUCUCUAGGCUUUGGCCUAUCAGAGUAGACUUAAUCUCAUUCUGAACCCUGUAGUCCCAAUCUUGGCCCACAUGAUGGAAAAAAGUCAAACUUUCUCUUUCACAAAAUCCUUUGUGGUUUCCUUUUCUCCUUCUAACCCACUCGGGUCAGUGAUGGUCUUAGCUGCCCUCAAUUUGAAGCUCAGUUCUUAGUUUCUUGUCCAUUGGUCAGUGUCCUCCUGAAUUUCUUAGGUGAAUACACAAGAAUGACAUGCCACAGAUGGCCUCUCUUGCUGAUUGUGGGGGUUUUCCUUUCUACAUCUAGUUUUUCUCAGACACACCUUUGAUAUGUGUCUGUGGGUGUGUGGUGAUGGGAAGUCACAAAGGCUCACUCUUCUGAUUGAGUCGAUGGGGUUCUCUUUGUCUUUUCAGCUCAGGAAAAAAGCAGCCCUAGAGGAAGGCAUAUGGAAUGAGUGUAGCACAAAAAUACAAUGAAAUGUUCCUUUCUCCAUGUCAUUUUUUUCUUGGAUACACCUUUGUGAUGGAGGUUUUGUUGUUAGAACUGCAGGUGGUCCCUAUUCCUUCCUUCUUUGCUGCCUUUAUUUGCCCCUGAAUAAUAAAGACAAAGAAUGGCAUCAGCUGGACCAAAACGAGAGGGCCUGUGUGACAUCCCACCAUCUCACCGAAGUGUAUGCAAGCAGAUUCGCCAUUAACUCCUUUGGAAUAUAAUCAACCCAGUUUCAGAGCUGGCCAGAUAGUCAUUUCCUUAGAGAGUUUUCAUCCUGGGGGUACUCUACUAAGGAUAUCUUAACAGGUGGUCUCAGUUGCUGGUUUACUGCAUAAUUAACAUCAAUAUUGAUUUUUCAUCUCUAAGCCCCAACGUGAGCACUGUUAAGAUGCCUCAUGUGGGCAGCGUAGACCCGGCACCUCUUUGAGCUCAUCACUCAUGAACUUGCUCUAAACCCAUCCAUUAUUCCCACCUUAUGCUUCAGAAAGAUUCUUUAAUGCAUGAAAUGUCCUAGUCAAAGUUUAUGUUGAAACCCACCGGAAAACAUGCAAAAGUUACCUCACAUUAUUUCAUCUUUUAAAACAAAUGCUUUUGGUUCUUUAGCACAUUUUGCAUUCCUUUUCACAUCUCCAGUAAAUGCCAACAUAUCUCCUGUUAAAUUAGCAGCAGCCAUUUAAGUCCUUUCAGUGGCAUCUGCAUAAUAAUUGCCCAGAGAUGCUUUAUAUCUGGGAAGCAAGCCAAGGAAUAAACCUUGAAGCAAAGUGUAUUAAAUUAGUUAUCUAGUUAGAGCUUUUGGAAUGAUUUCCUGAUGAUGUAUCAAGUCUGAAGCUAGAGCUGUCAGAGUCUAUUGCUGCAGUUUGGAUUUAAAGGGAGAACAUUUUGAAAUGGAGGGGAAGAAAGAGACCAUCUCAUACACACACACACACACACACACAUACACACACACACACCAAACAUUUUCCAGCCUCUGGUUUGAAGUUUUCCAGUUGAAAUGUUCGGUCUCUUUCAUCCGCACUCACUGCGAUACACUGACCCGACAUGCUUGUCCUUGUUUACUGUGGUCCCUGGGUCAUGGGGGCUGAAUUUGAUGUCUUUAUCCUUGAGAUAAGAGGAGAUGAGCCUGCUGGCAAAGCAGAGGUGUCCUGCUGGACUUUAUUGGGUUUAGCUGGGUUCGAAGGCGGUGCCACCUGGUAGUAAGAGUCUCUGGUAGCAUUUACAGAUAGCAUUUCCAUACAUAUUACAUACCUCUGUCCCUAGAUGAGAAACUACGGAUUUAGCUGCAUUAAGAGAUGUUGGACAUAGAUUUCUUUAUAUGAGAGUAAUGAUGAAUGAGCCAUUCUGCUGAGCUGGAGUUGAACAAGAGCAGGGAAGGUGAAGAUGCCACCCUGUGGAAUAUUUUACAUAAAAAGCUUUCAGGGAGCUCAGAUUAGGAGAAUUAUAUUUUUACUAACUUAGUGGGUCAAGAUUAAGGAGAACCACUUUAUUUUAAUUAAGCUGUUGUUUGCCUAAGGGUUGGCUAUUUCUGGCAUCCUCCAGCAGACUGGAUAGAAGGACUCUGUAGACUGCAAGGGGCAGGCCCUGUGGGACUUCAUCGCUGGCUAAUACUUAACCUUUCUACUUCUCUCAGCUUCUGGUUUUCCAUUGUCAGUUCCAGUAGGCACAGUAGGUCCGCAUUUUUAUUUAGUUCUUUUCCUUAUCUUCUAGCUUAAUGGAGAUGGACCCAUAGGAAAUUUCCAAUAAUUGAGCAUAUUUUCCUGUGAGUACAGAAAAUUCAUGUGGUUCAACCUCAUAUGCAGUUGGUUUUUCCUCCUGACAUGGUAUGGAUCCCAAUGCCAUGGUAUGGAUCCAAAUAAAUGUUAAUGAACACACAGCAUGUGCAGUAGGCGCCUGGGCUUUCUCUGAACCUGCCGUCUUGCCACCUACCUACUUUUCUCUGUCAACCAGUUGUGACCUUUGGACCUUACUCCAUGUGUAGGCCAUCUCCUAGGUUUGGAAAUUGCUUUUAGCAAAGGUGAGUGUCCAUUCUGAUAGGCUGGAUUGGCCAUCAGGCACAUCCCUAAGGGGUUUUAGCUGCUGUUCUUUCUUGCUGUAUAAUCUGUAUUAGCUGACUGCAGGCCACUCACUGGGGAACACGCCUGGGUCCCAAAUGUGUCCUUGGUCAAAAAGCAAAAUAUGUGUUCUCAUUCUCUCUCUCUCACUCCCAAUGGUAAGUUUGAUGAUAAAGGCGAGUAUAGUUUUAGGGAAGACAUGUCAAUACUUGAGGUGAGGUGGGAUAGAGUAUUCCAGCUGUGUAACAAGGAGCAUAAGUUCCAGGGAUGGGACUGGGUCAGGCCCACGUUGGUAUUCAUCUGCUCUUCCUUCCUUCUGUGUCAGGAAUAACUCUGUUGGGUCCCUAGAGUAAAGAAUUUCCAGAAACAUCAACUAUUUACUAUUGGGCUCUUACGGUGGCCCUUUGUGGGAACGCAGCUUCCCCAUGUUUUGCCAAAGAUUCUUCUGGUACCUUGUUAUAUUUUAUUGCCAGUGGGUUUUAUCAGUCACUAUGCUCUUACUGAUUUGUAUUUUAACUUUAAAAAAAAAAAAUUUGCUACAGGUGCAAGUACUUGCUGGGGGUGAUGGGCAAAGAAGCAUUCCCACACGGGGGUUAGUCACACCACAGUCCCUUCUCUUCUGAUUCUCUUUUCAGGAUUUUGGGCACACGCACACACACAGAGAGAGAGAGAGAAUUUUUUUCAAGCACUCUGCACUCUGG